AUGCCCGACACGCCCGAGCCGGAUGCCUCCAAUCCUGUGCAACCCUGUCCCACCAUGCCAUUUCCCUCCUGCAAAUCCGAGUGUAUCACCGGUGACGGACUGAAUGUUCGUGACGAUGACGUGAAACGAGACUCGGAGACAUGGAACGACGGGGCUCAGACCACUGCCAUUGAACAUUUGGUUGCACUCAAACACGGGCUACGCAUAUCCGAUACCGAGCUGUUCUGGAAACGGCUGAUGGAGGAUUUGACGUCGAUAACAAAAGCCCAAUAUGGAUUUGUCGCUCGCAGAGUCACCGGGAGUGACCCUUUACCAGAACUAGGCGGGCGGCGCCCGACGCUUUUUGGCUCAGCUUUCUACUACAACGAUGGCUAUCAGAAUGUUGGAUUGCAGCGAAACAGGUAUUUCGCGGGCGGGAAUCCCUUGUUGCACAUGGACCACGAGCGCCCGUGUCUGAUUCCCGAGAAUCUCAGCUCACUGGUAUCUUUCGGCGAUGAUCAACUGCCAUUCGGUGCCGACGGUUAUCUAGCGAUUCCUCUUUUCUCGGCUGGCAAGUGCCUGGCGCACCUUGGAUUGAUGUGGUCGAAGGAUGGCCUGCGGCAACGAAAUCUGUCCUGGUCUUUUGUGGAAAUGAUUCUUCAUUCCCUUGAGGAUCUAAUUGUUCAACGCCUCCAGACAGCAGAUAUGGACAUGGAAAAUCUGAUCUCACCUACCACUGAUACCCCGAAUAUCCACGACCCCCACGCCGCCGCCCUCCACGAACCCUCCGAUUUUACUGCACAACCCCUCAAGCCCUAUGCACGAAGUUUGUCACAUGAGCUGAGAACCCCAAUGCAGGGCGUUGUGGGUAUGCUCGAUGUCAUGCAUGCUACGGUACGCGAGGCGAUGGAGAGCAAGACACCUGUCAAAUCGGGUGGGAUUUUCCAAGCCCUCAAGGAAGGGAUUGAGAUGGUCCAAGACAGUGCAAGACGUGCCGUGGAAGCGGCCGACAAUGUCGUGCACGCAUAUGACCUUAACAUGCAGGUUCCCAAAACACCGCUUCGAGAGGAAACUGAAAUCUUGGGCCAACCUGCCAUCCCUCCCGACAUCCCCGAAACCCAUGUUCCCGAAACCCACACCCCCGAAACGCGCCCAAGCAUAUUCAUUGAAGGAAACAACAUUGCCGUCAAUCCUUAUAAACGCCGGCGAAGCUUACCAUUGGAAACGAACCCGCGGCCUGUACGCAAACAAAGACUACGUGCAGCUUCAUCGCGACAAGAGCUUUCGCCCCGCAGCGAAGAGGUCAAGAACGCCGUGCAUGAAAGUGAUCAGAUUGUUCAUGCUAUUCCUGCUCGCCAGAUUGAGGCCGUUAUGGCCAACAUGGUCGAUCCCCGCCCUUCACUCGCAGUACGACGAUCUGCACCCCACUUGCUCCUGGAGGGUAUCAACGUCAACCUACGAGGAUCUGCUCUGCGAUUUACCAAGUUGAGAGAUCUUCUCCGUUUGGUCAUCAACGAGUCUCUCCAUGUUGGUGGUCGUCCCGAUUCUGCUGUAAGUAGGGCAACUGAGUGCGGCGAGAGAAUUGAGAUCCGGUCGCGAUCUUCGAAUGGCGAGUUGCGCACCAAGACUGUAGACUGGUCCGUGGACCCAGCUUUACCUGAUACUCUUCUUGCCGAUGAUCGCGAUUUGGCUAAAUUGAUUUCGUGUGUCUUUCUCAACGCCAUCAAAUUCACCAACAACGGCAUGAUCACUGUUUGGGCAACUAUCGAUUCGAAGAAAAAUGAUGUUUUAAUUCUUGUGCGAGAUACCGGCCCAGGAAUCCCAGCCGCGUUCCUGCCAAACCUCUUCAAACCGUUCGCACGCGAGGAUGCCUCGACCACGCGAAGCAAAGACGGUCUUGGUCUAGGUCUUCUGGUGGCAAAGGGACUUUCGCGAAAAAUGGGCGGAGACUUGACCUGUGUCCGUUCAUCUACCUCGGGCCCUGAGCGAGGUACCGAAUUUCGAAUUCGAAUUCCCGUCAACCAACGCGAGGCUGAAACCCGCCCCGCAACCCCUGGCGAGAUCAACUAUGACCAAGCACGGAAUAGUAGUGCUAGUAGCAACCUCUCCGACCCUCCCCUCAACAAAUCUCCUUUCAUUCUUCCCCAAAAUGCCCAGCUUCAGCAGCCUACUCCCAGCUCCAGCGAAGACAUGUCUCAAAGUCCAACACCUCUACGAUCACUACCGCAAACCCGCAUUCAUCGAUCAAAUAUCUCCGGCGAGGCGUAUGACAAAAAGCUUGGGGAGAAGUACCCACUGCGAUUUCUUGUCGCCGAAGACAAUAGAAUCAAUCGUCGUGUGUUGGUGAACAUGUUGCGCAAGCUUGGUUACCGUGAUGUGCUCGAAGCGGCAGACGGCAGAGAGGCCGUCCAGAUUGUCGAGGGCAUUUUGAACGCGUCAAAGAGCUCCAAUAUGGAUGUGGACUCAGACUCUGAUCCCUCAAACCUAAUGGAAGGCGUCAUCAAUGACUCGUCACCACCGUCGAAGAUGAAAUCAAUAGAUGUUGUUUUGAUGGACCUCUGGAUGCCUGAAAUGGAUGGCUAUGAAGCCACCUCGCGCAUUCUCCAGAUGGUUGACAACCACCGUGAUGAUAUCGCUGCCUUCGAACAACAAACUCGCAACAGCCCCGAUUCCAUGGAAAUGGACCCAAUCCCCAACACUUUCUGCGCACCACCACCACCACCUACUGUACUUGCAGUCAGCGCAGAUGUCACCGAUGAGGCACUGAAUCGUGCUUCCCGGGUAGGGAUCAAAGGCUACAUGACAAAGCCCUACAAACUCUCUGACCUUGAACGAUUGAUUCUUGAAUUUUGUGGCGGCACUAGCCAUAGGCCCACUUGA